GUCCAGGCUCCGGUCCCUGCCAGCUUCUUACUCCCCUUCUCAUUCAUAACAAAAGCUACAGCUCAGGGGCCCAGCGCCAGGCUCUUGCCAACAGAGAGCUGAAGAGCAAAGAAGAAUGAGGUUCCUUUGGACCGGCUCUUGGAUACUGGUGUUGGUGCUCCAUAGCGGCCCAAUUCAAGCCUUUCCCAAACCCGAAGGCAGCCAAGACAAACCUCUGCAUAAUAGAGAAUUAAGUGCAGAAAGACCUUUGAAUGAACAGAUUGCGGAGGCAGAAGCAGACAAGAUUAAAAAGACAUACCCUCCAGAAAGCAAACCAAGUGAAAGCAAUUAUUCUUCUGUUGAUAACUUGAACCUGCUAAGGGCAAUAACAGAAAAGGAAAAACUUGAGAAAGAAAAACAAUCCAUAAGAAGGUCCUCGUUUGGUAACAAAUUGAAUGUGGAAGAUGUUGAUUCAACUAAAAAUCGAAAGCUGGUUGAUGAGUAUGAUUCUACUAAGAGUGGACUGGACCAUAAAUUUCAAGAUGACCCAGAUGGCCUUCAUCAACUGGAUGGAACUCCUUUAACUGCUGAAGACAUUGUCCACAAAAUUGCUACCAGGAUUUAUGAGGAGAACGACAGAGGAGUGUUUGACAAGAUUGUUUCUAAACUGCUGAAUCUCGGGCUAAUCACUGAAAGUCAGGCACAUACUCUGGAAGAUGAAGUAGCAGAGGCUUUACAAAAAUUGAUCUCCAAAGAAGCCAACAAUUAUGAGGAGGCCCUGGAUAAACCCACAAGCAGGACCGAGAAUCAGGCUGGAAAAAUACCAGAGAAAGUGACUCCAGUGGCAGCAAUUCAAGAUGGCUUUGCUAACAGGGAAAAUGACGAAACGGUGUCUAACACCUUGACCUUGUCGAAUGGCUUGGAAAGGAGAACUAACCCCCACAGUGAAGAUGACUUUGAGGAACUCCAGUAUUUCCCCAACUUCUAUGCAUUACUGACAAGCAUCGACUCAGAAAAAGAAGCAAAAGAGAAAGAAACGCUGAUCACCAUCAUGAAGACGUUGAUUGAUUUUGUGAAAAUGAUGGUCAAAUACGGCACCAUAUCUCCAGAAGAAGGCGUUUCCUACCUUGAAAACUUGGAUGAAACAAUUGCUCUGCAGACCAAGAACAAGCUAGAAAAAAAUACUACUGACAGCAAAGGCAAGCUUUACCCAGUGCCGUCAGAGAAGAGUCACGAAGAAGCAGACAGCACCAAGGAAGAAGCCGCCAAGAUGGAAAAGGCAUACGGAACCCUGAAGGAUUCUACAAAGGAUGACAACUCCAACGUAGGAGGAAAGCCGGAUGAAGCCAAAGGCAAAACGGAAGCCUAUUUGGAAGCCAUCAGGAAAAACAUCGAGUGGUUGAAGAAACACAACAAAAAAGGCAACAAAGAAGGCUAUGACCUUUCAAAGAUGAGGGACUUUAUCAACCAGCAAGCUGACGCUUACGUGGAGAAAGGCAUCCUGGAUAAGGAUGAAGCCAAUGCCAUCAAGCGCAUCUACAGCAGCCUGUGAAGAUGGCAAGCAACCCGAGCCUUUCAACUGUUCCAGCAAAAACAAUAUAGCUUCAAAACUAAUUCGGCGGUUAAAGAUUUACCAGCCCAGGAGUAUUAGAAUGUGCUGAAUUUAUAGUAGUUAACCCCUUAGGAAUGGGCAAAAUAGAGCUCUCUUGCCAUAAAUACCUUAUGAAAAGUAAAGUGUUCGUAAGCUGAGGUUUUUGUAUAUAGAAUCCGUAUUCCCUCUUGGAUUUACAUUUUAUAAUCAGAGAUGUGCUGCUCUGGAAAAGCCUCUAGUGGGUUGCACAUAGAUCGGAACCUUCCUCCCACUGUCUGAAGCUCCCGGAAGAUCUGAGUGGUCCUGUCUCAAGGCAUGCUGGACACCUGAGCACCUUGUUGGAUGUUUGUUAAACGAUGUUUCCACUAGCAGUUCUCUGUUGGGCACUGAAAUAAAUCCACAUUUCUUCAUAGCCUUGA